GUCUGUUACAGUCACAGUUAUAAUACUUUACCUCAAGUUGCCUAUAAAAUUUGUUAAAAAUCACUUAAAUUACUUUGGCCUACGUCGCGAGUGAAAAUGUACUUCUUCCAGUCUGAAAGUGAAGUCCUAGAAGAAACCCAAUGCAAAUAGGGCCCUCCUGCAGACUCCUCCCACUGAGUUGUCCUGGGAAACACUAACAACUGUAAGAAAGUGCAGUCAGUCCUCCUGUUUCUGACCGGGGAGACUUUGGUGGAAGACCCGCACCGCCGCUCAUCCUUUUCUACAGUACAAACCUUUUAAAAGGACAAUUCGGCCCAGCUCCAAACACUGCAAGUCCAUCCACUGGGAGGAUUAUUAUGCGUCCAAAAGCUGCUGCUUCUUCACACUGAGCUUCAUCUGCUUGAGUGUCCAUGGACAUGAAACUCAAUCCACAGCAAGCUCCAUUGUAUGGGCGGUGUGUUAUCACGGUGCAGCUCGCUGAUGAAGAGCUGGCUGCGGAUGAGGAGGGUGUGGACUACUUCCUGCUGUUCGCUGGCAGCACACAGAGGCACCUGACCAGCACCCUAAGGAGCAGUAAUGACACCUUGCAGGCGAUGUGUCCCGCUCAUGACUGUUGCGAGGUGGUGUUGGUCACCUUGUGUUCAGUCAGCCGAGGUGUCUCCGAGGUCCCCGAGGACCUAAAGCCCCGUCUGGGUCGUGUGGCUCCAUUGGCCGAGCAUCGAUUCAGCUUUGUCCAGGAUUUGGCUUUUGACAUGGCCCAGUUCCUGGUGAGUACGGCGGGCCGGGCUGACGGCCUCGAUGGGGCGCUGCUGCUGGAUGAGUGUCAGAUUCCCCUGCAGGAGUGUGAACGUCUGGAUGAGAGCCUGGCGCUGGCCCUCCACCACCUCGUGCUGCCUCCAGGAUGGAGCUUACUGGGGAACAAACUAACCAACAGCACUGACCUGAAUCCUCAGGAGACUCUGCUGCAUUUCUCAGCACGUCGAGGUCUUUUUCAGGUUACACACUUCUGGUUGCAGCAGCCUGGAGCGAGAGAAGCCCUGCGAUUGGCCAACAGACAAGGCCACACCCCCUCUGCCAUUGCAGUCCUAAGAGGACACGAACGCCUCCACGAGCUCCUCACUAAGGCUGAGUCGGACACAGAGGCGGACAAAGGGACUAAGACUCCCCAGCUGGUCUCUACAGACGCCCGGGUAGUUUGCCACCUUCCCAGGCUUAACACACACACUCUGACACUGAGCAUCCACCCCGGCCACGACCCUCCGACCCUUCAGAGGAGCGUGGAGCAGCUGCGGCACUUGAUAUGCCAUCUUCAUGCCAAGGGAGUUUCUGUACUGGAGCUACAGUUUGAUUCUCUACACACAGCUGCUGAAUGUUGUGAAGGUGUAGAAACAGAGAUAACCUGUCUGGAGCAACUACAGCAGCCUGCUACAGCAUUAGAGUGCCAGGAUACAGCAACAGGAGGGAGCUGGGUAGAAAACUGCUCAGUGGAAAGCAGCAGUAGUGUUGAUUGUGGACAUGGUGAGACUGGGAACGCAGAGAAAGACUGGAGUUUGUCUGUGAGUACUCCUAUAUCUGAAGUACGGCCCCAGGAGCAUGGCCUCGGCCCCCCAGAGGACUGGGUGUGUCUCAGUUCAAACACUGGGAGAGAUUACUGUCAAACGGAGGAGGAGGGAACGGAGCAGCCUGUUGUUUCCACCCAGAGUUUGAGUUUGUGUGACAGGAGUGAAGAAGCACAGAGUGAGGCAGAAGGGAAGAGCCUCACUGUGGGAAUCCUACCACCAGCAGGCUGUGGUAAACAAGCAGAGGAAACUGAUCGAGGAGAGGCUGUGAUCCGGGAAGGACAGGAGGCCACAAAGGAAAAGGAAAGAUCAGAGCAGGAAGCAGAGGAGAGCACAGCUAGAAGGAGGGAGGAGGAGACUAACUCAGAGUCAACAGAUCUAAUAACGCCCAGUGGAGACACGAAAGCUUCAGUCAUGGGCCAGUCCCCAUCGUCAGAGGGCUCUGAGGUAUUUGACACCUCUGAUUUUGAAAUAAAGGAAGGAGAGAAUGUUGGGAAAGAAGAGAUGAAACUUAGCCAGGAGCUCUGGGACGGACUCUCUUUAGACCGGGAGAAGGCAGAGAUUGAAGGGUUAACAGACCCUGUAUCAACCCUAGGGGACCUCCCCAACCCAUCACUGAUAGAUUGCGGUGAUGUAAUCAAGGAGCCUGAAUCUACUGUUCCACGUCUCUUGAUAGAAGGCCUCCAUGAGGGGGAACCUCCACCAGACAUAAACAGCCUGGAACAAAACCAGGAAACAGCUGGUAAGGAUUACGCUACAGAGCAGCAGUGGGGCAUGGCUCCAGAAACUGGUUGUCAUUCUGGGAAUUGUACAGAAACAGCGAGUGGUAAAGAGCUAGAUGGUGAAGAUGUAGCGGAACCUUGUGGAUACAGUAUUGUAAGUACCAGUUUGCCUAUGGACGAACCUGACAAUACAGCUGAUUGUCAGACUGCUGGUAACUCCAUGGAAGAUAUAUGGACUGAUCAAUCACCUGAAAUGAUGGCCAGCUCCACUAAUAGACAUGCUGAUUUUGAGUCAGGGAUGAGCCAUGGCCUUUCCAGUGAUGAUGAUGGCAGUUUCCAAUCAGUCGGGAGCUCCACAACAGAAAUAUUCCACCCCACUCAGGACAAUGCUAGUAUGGAAGAUAAGGACUUGCUUCUAACCAAGAUAGUAGAACUGUCUUCAACCGGAUUCAAGAUGGAGGAACCAAAUGAUUCAAAGCCUGAUGAAAGCAAUGAACACUCACUAACUGUGGGCGCAGGGCUCCCCUUGGAGCCGGUCAGUGCACUGACAGUGGCAGACUGCAGCCAGACUGGUACUGAGCCUGAAUCACAACUGUCACACAGCCUCCAGACAAUAGAGUCUUUGAAUCCUGAGGGGACAGGAGAGAAACCUGCCCCAGAGCUUUCCAAAGAUGAUCUGUCAUUAGGUCCAGCGUUGUCAGAGAGCAGGGACGCUCCAACGGUGAAGGUCAAUGAAAGUGAAACUGGAGAGGCCAAUGACUCUGAACUGAAUGCACGGAUUGAGCAUUUGCCAUCAGAGGUCACCAGUAGGGUUUUAUUUGAACCCAGUCGAUCUGUUGUAGAAGAAAGUGAAGUGAUUGGCCCAGUUGAAGGAGAAUAUCAGUCUACAGAGACCAGUGAUAAAUUGGCAGCUGAGAACAAUGCCGAUUUAUCAUUGGUCUCAGUUGAAAAGAGUGGAGAUGAGCAAUUGGUGCCACAGCAACCCAAACAGGAUAAUUCAGAGAUGACAGCAGAUGAGAGGUCCCCUGAUGAGGGAUUAAGGCACUCAGAGAAUCAAAUCAAUGUAUCGUCAUCACAAGGUGUCACUCCACUUUCAGAUAGUGCAGAUGUCAAUGCCUUGGAAGUAGAACCACCUUUCCCAAACAAUGAUGCAUCCAGUGAACCUCAUGUUGAGAAUGAGAUGACUGAAAAUCCAAAGACUCUUGAUGUAAUGGAUGGAGCCUCACAAAGCUACAACCGUGCAAUUCAAGAGGUGAAAGUCAUCAUGUCUGAAGAAAGUGUAAUUGGUGCAAGGGAGGAAGAAAAUGGCCCAGCAGAGGAAACAGACUUCUCCAUGAUCCACCGAGACAGAGAGGCGUUGUUCCAUCAGCCCUGUAACACUCAGCACUCAGGAUCCUCACACUCUUCAGUGUCUCCCAGUUUGCCCAGUAGAACCAGCAGCGCCACCAGCUGUCCUUCCACAGCUCACAGAGACUCCGGCAGCGACAUAGAAAGCUUCCUAAACGCAGAGCCAGGAUAUGACAGUGUCUUCAGAAAGAACGACGAACCAGUGACAGGAGGAGACAGUGCAAGCGAGGUUUCCGUCUCCUGUUCCUCCACAGACGACACUGCCAGCGUCGGCCCGUCCAGCUCCAGUCCCGAGGGCAGCCAGGGCCUGGAAUGCAGCUGGAGCCCAGAGGAGGGCAUCCAGACUGUGGCUACUGUCACUGCAGGACUGGAAAGUGUUGGAGGAGGAGGAGGCGCAGGAGAAGCUGAAGAAGAAGCCAAAGACAGAGUGACGGAGGUGCCGCGGCGCUCCUGUCUCCUCCGGAACAGCAUCCGCUCCCUGUCACCUCUUCGCCGCCACAGCUGGGGUCCUGGAAAGAACAACGGGGGAGACGCAGAGAUGAACCAGAGGAGUUCCAUCCGUAGCCCUGGUGAGGUGAAGCUGACCUUUCACAGGAGAAGCUGGUGCCCUCCUGAAGCUCCCCACAGCCACGGUGCGGAAGUAGUUAGUUCCCUCAGCUACAGCCUAGAGGGGCUCAGUGGGGGCCAGGACGAGCUGAGGGGCCCCACUGCCCAGGGGCCCCGAAUCCUGGAGCCUUCAAGGAUGCCCCGGCACGACAGCGAUGACAGAGACUCCCUGGUUUCUCUGACAGAGGAGCAGGAGGAGCUGGGGGAGCAUGGCAGACUACACGACCUGAAAUCAAGGCGGUAUCGGCCUCUGCGAAACAGCUGUCCUCCCAUGACCCUGCCCCUCACCAAGUCUGUAUCCAUGCUCGCCAUCAGCCAGAGAGACAUUGAUGGUAUGAGGUCGUUUUCCAGCGCCUCUGGGUCACUAGCAUACAGCAUAUCAGAGGAGGAGCCUGGCCCUCUGCGGAGCGACACUGAGGGAAAGAGUGUGACGAAAGUCAGCCGGACCUUCAGCUACCUCAAGAACAAGAUGUACAAAAAGACCAGGGAAAAGGAGCGAGAUAAAAGGGAGAAAGAGAAGGAGGGCAAGGAGAAGGACAAGAAGGUGGUUAAUGGUCAUAUAUUCACACCAGUCAGCUCGGGCCACGCAGCCCAGUGCUCCCAGUGCAAUAAGGCUUUCAACAGCAAGGAGGCUUUCCAUUGCACACACUGUAAUGCUUCCGUCCACAAGGGCUGCAGGGACAGCCUGCCUGUUUGUGUCAAGGUGAAGAUGAAGUUGCCCAAACAGCAGUUUGCAGUACCAGAUUCAAGCUCGUUUUCUACAGUCACGAUGAGGAACAAAUCUGGUGGGACAAGGGAGCGCCCCUGGUCGGCCAUCUUGUCCCCCGAAGACCAUUCUUCCCUGAUGAUCUCAUCAUCACGGAGACCUACCAGCAUCAUGACGUUCCAUGGCAACAACCUCUCCAAGAGUCUCUCCAUAAGCAACAUUGCUGGUCCGGUGUUUGACGAGAUGCCCAUUAAAGGCCUGCGGUAUCUCUCCCAGUCUACUGACUCCCUCAACAGAACCAACCAGGUCACAGAGUCCAUGGAAUCCCUCACUGAUGAAGGGACGGAGAUGAUGGACGGGCAGCUGAUGGGGGAGUUUGAAGCAGAGGCUAAGGAGCUGGAAGCUGACUCUUGGAGCUUAGGUGUGGAGCAGCAGUACCUGCAGCAGCUGGACAAAGAGCUGGUGAAGAGACAGGACGUCAUCUAUGAGCUGAUGCAGACAGAGAUGCAUCACAUCCGGACGUUGCGCAUCAUGUCAGAAGUCUAUAGUAAAGGCCUGCAGAAGGAGGCGCAGCUGGAGCUGCAGACGGUGGAGAAGCUGUUCCCCGUUCUAGAUGAACUCUUGGAGCUCCACACGCAACACAUACUCCGCCUCCUGGAGAGGAAGAGGGAGAGCCAGCUGGAGGGGGAGAGCUUUGAGGGAGGCUUCAUCAUCAACAGGAUAGGAGACAUCCUGAUCAGCCAGUUCUCAGGAUCCCGCGGUGAAAGCAUGAAGAGGAUUUAUGGAAGAUUCUGCAGCCGCCACAACGAAGCUGUAAACUUCUACAAGGACCUCCUGACCAAAGACAAACGCUUCAAGGCCUUUAUUAAAAAAAAGAUGAGUAGCAGCAUUGUGCGGAGGCUUGGUAUCCCAGAAUGCAUCUUGCUGGUGACCCAGAGGAUAACAAAGUACCCGGUGCUGAUUCAGAGAAUGCUGCAGCACACUAAAGAAAGCGAGGAAGACUAUGACGACCUGACGGAGGCUGUUCGGCUUGUGAAGGAGGUGAUCGCAGCGGUUGAUAGCAAGGUGAAUGAACACGAGAAAAGACGCCGUCUUAAGGAUUUUCACAGCCGCAUGGACAGCAAGUCCAUCAUGAUGAUGAAGAGUGGUCAGAUUUUCGCCAGAGAGGAUCUUCUGAGGAGGAGGCUGAUCCAUGAUGGAGUGCUGCAGCUGAAGAACAGCCAGGGAAGACUAAAGGAUAUCCAUGCUCUGCUAUUAUCAGAUGUCUUCGUCUUCCUCCAAGAGAAAGACCAGAAAUAUGUCUUCGCCAUGCUGGACCAGCGCUCCACGGUCAUCUCCCUCCAGAAGCUGAUUGUGAGGGAGGUCGCUAACGAAGAACGCGGCCUCUUCCUCAUCACGGCAGGCAUCGAGAAACCAGAGAUGAUGGAGGUACUGGCCAGCUCGAAGGAUGAACGCAACACCUGGAUGCAGCUCAUCCAGGAAGCCAUGCAGUCCAUGGAGAAGGAUGAGGAUGAAGGGAUUCCCAGUGAGACGGAAGAUGACAAGAGACAACUGGAGACUAAAGCCAAGGAGAUGAGAGAUCUGUUGAGGCAGAAGGACACAGAGAUCAUGUCUCUGCUGGAGGAAAAGGUGCGCCUCUUCAGGGGGAUGUGGGAGGGCUUGAACCCAGGUGAGGAGGUCUGCCGACAGGCCGAGCCUUUCUUCAGGUCAGCCUGCAGCCUGGAGCCGCUUAGGGGGGCGUCCGUCAUGAAGGAUGCCCUGCAGGAAGUGGAGACGUUACAGGCGCUGGUGAAUGGCAGCCUGGGCGGGGCGAUGGCCAGUGUACAGGAGGGAGGAGGCGCGGGGCCGGUGUGUUUGCCCCGUCGAGCUGAGACCUUCGGAGGCUUCGACAGUCACCAGAUGCACAGCAGUAAGAGUGGAGACAGAGACGAGAGUGAGGAUACAGCGGGAGAUCUGCGCAGGACAGAGUCCGACAGUGUUCUAAAGAAGGGAGGAAAUGCCAACCUGCUGCUGCUGCUGAAGAGGAACAGUGAGCAGGUCCUCCACAGUGUCUCCAAUCUGCAUCUCCUGCUCAGCACUCUGCAGGCGGUGGUGGUUCAGCAGGACAGUUUCAUAGAGGACCAGCGGCAGGCCCUGAGUGAGCGCUCCUCCUCCUGCACGUCUUUAUCGCGGCCGUCCUCGCGGCCAAGCUCGCUGAUUGAACAGGAGAAGCAGCGCAGCCUGGAGAAGCAGCGGCAGGAGAUGGCAUCCCUGCAGAGACAGCAGACAGCUCAUGCUGAGGAGAAGAGGAGAAGGGAGAAGGAGUGGGAGCUUAGGGAACAGCAGCUGACUGAAAGGGAGGUGCUGGUGCAUGUACAGCAGGAGGAGGAGGUCUUGAGGCAGCACAAAGAGCUGGAGGAGGAGAAGCAGGAGCUGCAGAGUAAGAAGGAGGAGUACCAGAAAGACCUGGAGAGGCUGAGAGACGCCCAGAGGAAGCUGGAGAGGGACAGGGAGGCUGUGCAGCGGCAUUUCGACAAAAUGGAAGAGUUCCGUCUGGCUGAGAGGACUCCCUCUACAACGUUAGAUGAAUCCCAGUUCCCCAGCAGCUCCCAGUCUCUGGAGCUGGACCCGCUGGAGCUCUCCUCCUCCUCCUCCCUGCCGAGGCUGCAGCCCCAGUGGUCUAAGCCCAAAGGGAAAGGCCUCAAUCCCUUUACCUCAUCCUCCACUAACCCCAACCUCAAGGGCAGCGAAGCCAACAAGCAGAUCUCAAAGAGCCUGCUGCAGCUGGCCAAGAACAAGAGCAAAGAGGGGAAGGAGAAGAAGAAGAAGAAGGGCAAAGGAGGGAGCACACAGACAGCAGACCCUCAGCACCUCCCAGAGCCUCCUCUGGAUGGAGAGAUCUUCUUCUGCUGAGAGGAGUGGCUCUCCUCCUCCUCCUCCUCCUCCUCAACCCAUCACAGCGAUUCUGACAUCCAAAGGAAUGUGUUACUGCCAAGUGAAAUACAUGAAUCUACACAUGUAAUACUGUAGUGUACUACCAGGCUUUUUGGCACUUUUAAAAUCCCCUUGAAAAGACUUUUAGUUAUUUUUACGUAUCAUAACGUAGAGAAAUUAAAAAAUAUAUAUUUUCUUGUAUUUUUAAAUCAGGUACCACUGCUUUUAGUUUCUGGAAAGAAAAAUAUUUUAGGGAUUCUGUUAUGGUGUGCAAGUAGACAUAUAUACUUGCAGUACAUGAAAAUAGGCAACAUGGAAUAGCAGUACAUAUAUUCUGUCUCCAAAACCCUGCUUCCUUUUUCCAAAGACACCAUGGUUUCUUCAUUUUGAAGAAUCAUAAAUUUGUGAUAAAGUAUCAAAUUGAAAGCAUUUCACAGUCGAUUGCCUCACAAGCUCUGCCAAGUAUGUCGCAGGCUUCACUGCCUUUCUGUUUCUGUAUUUGUUAUGGCCCCAACUAGCCCCCUUUUCAACAGUCCGUCCUGGCACAAAGUUCCACACCAACAGGCUGUUAUGUUAAUUUACAGAAGCCUUUUCCAUGUGACUGAACCGACACAUACAAGGACACAGACGUACCCAAAUUCCACUUGGAAUCAGAUAUGAAUGUCAACAAGCUCCAUGCAGCAGUGGAAACUCCUCACUGCUAAUCAUCUUCAUCGACAAUUAAUAGAAGACUGAAACCACAUAGGAAUCUGCCUAAACUAAGUGUCCUACUAACAUGUGUUAAUCAAAAAAGUGCAGUGUUUUCAGUGUUUCAUUCCAAAGUGCUACUGAAGGAGCCACAUUGAAAGAAAAUUGUAGCCUAACAUUCCUUUACUCACUAUUUGAAAAGCAGAUGUGAUUACGUCCACUGAUUUUGCCUGCAGUUUGUAAGCAAAAGGGAACUGGUGCAUAAUAACUUAAGUAAUCUUUUGUAACGACUUUAUGCCAUCAAUCAUUUUCCUUGGCUAAGUUUUACUUUAUUUGAAUUAUGGAUCUCCAUUUUGGAGUGAAAUUCUUCUAUUUUUCCAGACUCAACGGUAAUGAAAGGUUUGAGAUCUCCCUGUGUCUAAUGGCUCAAUUCAUAUCCUUUAGUGUGUUUUAGAGCCUUGGAUGGAUAUUAGCUUGAUCCUCACUUUAUCUGCCUGUCAAUGGGCUUUUAUACAGCCCUCAUCUUUUAUCUGAGUGCUGACGAGCGGGGCUUUCCUUCGUUUUUUAAUUGCAUGUAACUCUGCAGGUAGCAUACUAAUGGUCUGUUAGAGUUCAACUUUCUUGUUCAAUCUCCCUCCCUCUGUUCUGAUAAUAGACUCCGUAAACGCACACGGCUGAUGGUUUUAGGAAAUGGAGGCUGUUAAUUUAGGGACAAAGCAGCUGGUUAGAGAAAAUGAGAAAGGACAUUAAUUAAAAACAACAAAUGAUGUCAUGUGUCCCUGUUUGAAUGUGUAAUGACUAAAACUGCUCAGCAGGUACCGCGCGAGUCUCUGAUCAGUUCAAAUUAAUCAACACUCAUCAGUGUUGUUAAGCACUUUGGUCCUAAUAUGUUGAUGCAUUUUUUUUGCAUCAGUGUGAGAUAUCAAUCAAGGAGAUCUUUGUAUUCUGUGGAUUUUUUUAACUGAGGGCACUGAUGCUCAUGAAAAGCAACAAUGACCCAAAGCGAGAUAAUGUGUUAAAGUACAUAAAAGAUUCUGCGGUUCCAUUUUGUUAGAGUUUAAAAUUUAAAAAAAGGGGACUUGUAGCUUUUAUAUAGUGUUUCCAAGGUGACUUGUCUGACCUGUCUUAUUUUUAAGCCUGUGUUUUAGCCCCACUACGCCCAGACUGUGGGCCACACAACUACCUGCUGGACAGGUAGGAAGUAAAAACAGAAGAAGUUAAAAAAGGACCCAGGACCCCUUUUCCAGUGAAUUACAGAGCAGACUGAACUGCUUUCUUGCUGCCUCUUUUGUCUCGUCUUUAAGUGCUUGUUUGUUAACUUGCCGUCUGUGUUGAGGAUUUGACUUCAUGUCCAGGCUGGUAUAUUAUAGUGUGUCUUCUAAGAGGCUUACAGGGCCAGCCAAUUAGUUGCUUCAUGUCUAUCGUUUAUGGCUUUGGUGUAAUCCUGUCAAAGAAACAGAGAGGAAUGGGCUUUUUUUUUUCCCCUCUGUCGCUUUAGGUGUGUUUUGACCACUAGGGAGCACUGCACCUAUCACUAAAUUAGUUUCCUUCCCUCACACAACAACAACAACAACAACAACAACCAGAAAGUAUGAAACAAUUUUUUUAAUUUCUUUUUCUCCCUGCUGUGAGAAAUUGACGUAUUUUUCUCAGCAGGUCAUUGCCGUACAGAGAUAAUGUGAUGAGCAUGGGCUCUCACACUCUGUGACAUUUUCCCGUAGGCAUUUGUAAUUGACUGCAGAAACAAAUACGUUGUCAGAGAUUGUAAUUGCUUAUUCAGUGAAACCAGUCAGCAGCAGCUUUAAUGUGGAAUAAAGAAGGUCUAACAGUUGGAGGGAGCGACCGGGCAGAACCACAAACUCCCUCCCCGAUGAUGAUAGGCCUGUCCAUGAAACGAGUGUGUCCAUCAGGUGAACCCUGCGUAGCCUUAAAUCUUAAUGAUAAAAUGCACUAGAGUAGAACCCAGCAUCUUCUCAGGAGAGAGAGGAAAGCUUUUAUACCUCUGCUUUGAAACGAAGGAAAUGUUUGUACUAUAAAAGUGGUACAGAAUCAUUUGAUUCCCAACAAUGUAAAAAAGGGCAAAGACAAAUGUGUAAAUAUGAUUUAUGUAUAAAACAAAUCAAGUGUAAAAAAUUGUUUUGGUCGUGAUUUAUUACAACAUUUUGUAAGAAUGUUUUAUUUAUGUUUUAUUCUCACCCUUGGGGUGAUGUAAAGUCAUAUUUCUCUCAUAAUAAAAAAAAAUCAUAAUGGA